ACCCACAGAAACCUCUUUUCCUUCUUACCCUCAUCUUUUGUUGGAUUUUAAGCCUCCUCCUCCACUUUCGUCCUUUCUCCUUGUGGGUAAGCCCAAGGUUCUAAUCCAAUGAUAAACCCAUUUUCCUUAUUCAACAAGAUUUCUUCCUCUUUGAAACUCUUUAAAUCUUCCUUCAACUUGCUCUAAAUAUUUAUAUUUUGAUGCUUAAGAUAAUCUUGUUCUUGAUGAUCUUUGAGAACCAUAUGUCUCCUGUACUCUGUGAAAUCCUCCUUUCUGGAUUUAUGAUAAACUCCACUCUCAGGCUCAGGACCCAUCUUGUUCAAUCUUUCUCUGUUGUCUUCCUCUAUUGGUUCUACGUCUUUUCAUGAACUCUCAGCCGGCCUCCUUCUUAAUCUACACUUAUCUUCAAUUCAAAUCAGUUCCUGGGUCCUGCGGCUCUAGUUUCUAUUUCAAUCAUCUUUUCAGGCUUGCUUAGUAUUAUUAUUAUUGCUAUAUUUUUAUGGCCUCUUCCAGUGGGGCAUCUGCAGGGUCCAGCAUCCAGAGGAACUGAAACUCUGAGGAGGAUCUGCAGCAGAUCAUGGAUCAAAGAAAACGUAAAAGAAUGAUAUCCAAUCGGGAAUCAGCACGUAGAUCCAGGAUGAGGAAGCAGAAGCGCUUGGAUGAUCUCAUGGCACAACUGGGUCAGCUCGAGAAAGAAAAUCAUGAGAUUCUUAACAGCAUCAUCAUCACCUCUCAAAUCUUCUCGAACAUUGAAGCUGAGAAUUCAAUACUCGGAGCUCAGGUAGAUGAGCUCAGUCACAGAUUAGAGUCUCUCAAUGAGAUCAUUAAUCAUGUGAAGUUGAGCAAUGGCCUAAUUAUCAAAGAUGAACAUGACGAUUAUUUCAUGAAUCCAUGGACCAGUUAUUUCCAUGGGAAUCAGCCCAUCAUGGACAUGGCCAUGUUCUGAUUAUUCUUUUCGUGGGAAUUUUCUGCUUGUUAGGUGGUGUAAGUGUAGGUUAUUCAUAAAUUUGUGAGGUUCUCGAAGGUGUCCA